AUGGGGUUCCUCGAAAGAUGCAUCAUUAGAUACCCCCUCUUCCUAUCCUCCUAUAUUAGUAUCUUCGUGGCCUCCACCUCCUCGCUCCACCACCUGCCCGGGCCCUGGUACACGCACUUUACGCACCUCCGCCUCAAACGUGCCGUCGUCACCGGCCAGCGCAUCUUUUACAUCGAUGCCCUCCACAAAGCCCAUGGCCCCGUUGUGCGCAUCUCACCCACCGAGGUCGCCAUCGCGGACCUCGAGGCCUUCAAAGAAAUCCAUCGCGUGGGCUCGCACUACCUGAAGAGCGCGUGGUAUGGCAAGCUGGCGAAUUUCCUGGUGCUGGGGGUGUUCACGAUGAUUGAUCCCAAGGAUCAUUCGCAAAGGAGAAAGUUGCUCAUGCGGCCGUUUAGCCGGACGCAGCUGCUCGAGCAUUGGGAUCAAACGGUCAAGGAGACGGCGGCACUGUGCGUGAAGAAGAUUAAAGAAAAGGCGUUGAGGGGGCAGGCCGACGUGUUCAAUUGGUGGAUGCUUCUCGCUUCAGAUGUCAGCGCCCAUUUGGCUUUUGGAGAAUCGUUCAAAAUGGUUGAAGGCGGAAAGGAAACCGAAUUCAUCCGCGUCCUCAAAAAGCUCACCAAGGGCGCCGGCAUCAUGGUCGAAAUGCCCCUCCUCCGCAUCCUGCGCUACCUCCCCAUAAAGCCCGUACAGGAAACGUUCAACGCGAACGACUACAUCUGGCGCGAAGCCGCGCGCGCCGUCGAAUUCGCGACAAGCCGUACCGGCGAAGCCAACAUCUUCCGCAACGUCAUCGAGGAUUCCGAGAAAGAGAAUACUACCCUCAAUGACCUCGACGUGCGCAUGGAGGCCAUCAACAUCAUCAUCGCCGGCACAGACACGACGGGUACAACGUUAACGUACCUCACAUGGGCGGUCUUACAGCGCCCAGCCGUUCAGCGCAAACUUGAGGAAGAAGUCGCAACGCUGCUAUACGGCGCCGCACCGUCCAGCCUCCCCCGCGUCGUGCCGAAAGGCGGUGCGAAGUUCGGACCGCAGGACUCGUAUGUGCCGGGGGGUACUACGGUUUGUACGAAAGCGUAUACGUUCCAUCGCGAUCCUGCGAUCUGGGAAAACCCUUUGAAAUUCGACCCCACGCGCUUCCUCUACCCGCAAACGGCAGAAGCAAAACUCGCCUUCCACCCCUUUGGCGCGGGCGCGCGGAGCUGCGUCGGUCUGCAUCUUGCGAGGAUGGAGCUGCGGUAUGCGGCGGCCAUGCUAUUCAGGGAAUGCCCUGGGCUGCGGCUCAGCGAGAGCACUACGGAGGAGAGUAUGGAGUUUAUAAACUUCUUUUUGAUUGCGCCGAAGGAGCAUCGGUGUGGGGUUACAUUACAGGGAAAGGGAGAGGCGAGGGAGGGCUUGAGAAGGCGAGUCUGAUCUGAUUGGGUGCUACUCUUGUAAUGCUGCCAAUGUUUUAUGGGGAGCGGGUAAUGUGUUCGAUUUGAGAAUGAUGUGUGAGGAGUUUGGUAAGAUGUAAUUAGUCGAAGAUCGGGGCAAUUGGUUUGGAGUACUUUUUGCGUAUGCGAAAUUCGAGAUCGCCAUAUAAGGGCU